AUGGACGGUGCCAGAGAACUACGAAUCGGCGGUGGUGGUGGUGGUGGUGAUGGUUCUGUUCAAGUACAGAACCGACAAACCCUAAGCGUGAAUCUCAAGUUAGGUUACCAUUACCUAGUCUCGAAUUUCUUGAUUUUGUGUUUACUCGCUCUCGCCGUCGUUAUCUCCGUGGAAGCGUCUCAGAUGAACCAAAACGAUCUCCUCCAGCUCUGGACCCAUGUCCAGUCCAAUGUGGUUACUAUAACCAUCUGUUCGGCGGUUCUAGUCUCCGGUUUAACCGUCUAUGUCAUGACCCGACCCAGACCGGUUUACAUGGUGGAUUCCUCCUGCUACCUCCCACCUGAUCACCUCAAAGCUCCGUCCACUAUGUUCAUCGAUCACGCUAGACAAAUCGGAUAUUUCGACGACGCUGCUCUCGAGUUUCAACGCAUGAUCCUCGAACGCUCUGGUUUAGGAGAAGAGACGUAUGUCUGUGAAGCUAUGAUCCAUGUCCCACUGAGAAUCUCCAUGGCUGCUGCGAGAGAAGAAGCUGAACAAGUCAUGUUCGGUGCUUUAGACAACCUUUUCGCAAACACUAACGUGGAUCCCAAGGAUGUUGGGAUCCUCGUUGUGAACUGUAGUAUCUUUUGCCCGACGCCUUCGUUAUCAGCGAUGAUUGUGAACAAGUAUAAGCUCAGAAGUAACGUCAGGACAUUCAGCCUCGGUGGAAUGGGUUGCAGCGCGUCAGUUAUCGGGGUGGAUCUUGCUAAAGACAUGCUGUUGCUACAUAGGAACACGUACGCAGUUGUUGUCUCGGCAGAGAACACUACUCUCAACGGGUAUUUCGGUAACAACAAGUCCAUGUUGGUGCCGAACUGCUUGUUUCGAGUCGGUGGCGCUGCGGUUAUGCUGUCGAACAAGUCUAGGGACAAGAGACGGGCCAAGUACAGGCUCGUGCAUGUCGUUAGGACUCACCGUGGAGCAGACGACAAAGCUUUCCGUUGCGCUUAUCAGAAAGAGGAUGAUAAUGGAAAAAAGGGGGUUUUCUUGUCGAAAGAUCUAAUGCCGAUUGCUGGGGAAACUCUCAAAGCCAAUUUCACUACGUUGGGUCCUCUUGUUCUUCCGGUAAGUGAACAGAUUCUCUACUUUACGACUCUGCUUGUGAAUAAGCUAUUCAACGGUAAGGUUAAACCGUAUAUUCCGGAUUCCAAACUUGCUUUCGAGCAUUUCUGUAUCCAUGCUGGUGGAAGAGCUGUAAUCGAUGAGAUAGAGAAGGGUUUUGAGCUUUCUCCGGUUCAUGCGGAGCCUGCGAGGAUGACUCUUCAUAGGUUUGGGAACACGUCUUCGAGCUCGACUUGGUAUGAGUUAGCUUACAUUGAGGCCAAAGGAAGGAUGCGAAGAGGCGAUCGCGUUUGGCAAAUUGCGUUUGGGAGUGGAUUUAAAUGCAACAGCGCCGUUUGGGAAGCGUUGAGGAAUGUGAAGCCUUCCAAGAACAAUCCUUGGGAAGCUUGUGUUGACAAGUAUCCGGUUACUCUCAGGAACCCAAAGACUCACAAAGCCCACAGUGAAUCCACAAACCAAAGCGUAUUGAGUAAAUGUUCCUCCACUGCUCCAAGCUGA